AUGUUGAUCAAAGGCGAGAAAUAUGCGUGCGAUGCCUGCGUUAGAGGUCAUCGCGUCAGCUCUUGCACUCAUACAGAUCGCCCUCUAAUACAUAUCAACAAGAAGGGACGGCCUGUCUCCCAAUGUCCUCAUUGCCGUGGACUUCGCAAGGCUCGGGCUCAGCAUGUGAAAUGUGAUUGCGCUGAGAAGCCCCAUACAAAGGAGGAAUGUCCUCAUGACAAGACUGAGGUCAAGAAAGGCGAGCAGAAAGGCUGCUGCUGUGCUCAUGGUGCCAGAUGCACAUGCUCUCUGAAAAAGGAGCAUUCCCUCGAUCCAGUCCCUGAAGACCUGCCUCCGGCCAUCGAUGAGCCGCGAGUUAGCAAAGAACGCAGCAGGCCUCCAAAAAUAAGUACCGUCUCUUCAAUGGAAAGCAAGAUGACGGUCUUCAUAAACGGUCACCACAAGCCGGUUCACAAGGUCAACGAUAUUCACAAUCGUGUAGGGGCGCCAUACAAAAUUCCUGCACGCUCCCACACCAUUCCUGGAAACCGAGUCGAUUUUACUCAGCGUUCAACAGAUAGUCUUCCCCUGACCAAGGAUUUGCUGAACUUCCACACUAAUCCCCACUUUCAUGCUUCUGUCACCAGCGCACCACAACCGGUCCGACGCCAGGUGAAGUCGGAACACGGCUCCCCAACGAUCAACGCUUUACCGAUACACUUGGAUAACCAUGUUCCACCAAUCAGCAUUCCACCUUAUGAUCCGAAUGCAUACUCGUACUCGCCUUUCGGUAGUGGCAGUCCAACCAUAUCUUCGGCAGGUAGCGAUCCGUGGGCCGGCAAAUUCCCAGACCAAUUUCCCGACAACUAUUUCGUAACAUACGAAAGAGCAACUGAAAUGGAGAAUCCCGUCACUUCUGCUGGACUCGGGUCAGAUUCAGCGGAAGUCAACUGGGCCACUUAUAAUCUGCCUAACAGAUUUAGCAGUGCUGCCGAAUACAGGCUCUCAAAUGGUGGUGCUGUACCCAGUCAGCCACCUUCUUACGCAAGUUUUGAUGGCUUCAGUCAUCUCUCGCAUCCCGGAUUGACCUCAUCGAGUGGGGACGUCUCAGACGUUGAGGACUACGUGCCUGUUUCAGAGUCUACAAUUCUUCAAAACAGCAGUCAGGAUGUUCUUAACGACUUUGCCAGUGUUGGCGGGGAUGAGCUGAAUGAGCCAGAAACAUUUCGAUUGAGUUCUGCCUCGUCCUACAUUGGAAUGCCCCAAGCUAGGAUGCUGGCCUCUGACAAUCUUGAUUCUCUCGAUAUUGACGAAUAUCUGAAGAGUGCUGAGGCACAUACUCGGGAGAUAGCGUUGCGGAAUCAAAGAAUGCAGCAACAGACGCAACAGCAAUUGGACCAGGCACAAGUCGCAUCAAACAUCCCUCAUAUAUUUACGCCACCCCCAGAUGCUGGCCAGCAUUCUUUCUCGGUGCAAGAGGCACAAGAGCGCGCCCAUACUCGCACUCAGGACGGAAUAUCUGGGCUUGAUAACUCACCUCUGACGACCACCUCACUUCGAAACGAUCCAAUCUUGUCUUCUGAUCUGACUGGAGUCAAUGGUAUGAUGGAUGCAGAUGAAAGGGAUGAGGGAUGGCAAGUUUGUUUCAAGUUUUCUGUCACGGACUUGAAGCCUGGGGAAGGCGUUGCCAAGGCCGCGGAAUACAGUUCCACUGGCAGUGGAGACUCCGCCUUGCAGCUCCUCAACCCCCGAUCACGAAGCUGUCUUCAAGCUCCACCCGAGCUCCCAUAUCCCAUAAAGCUCAUCAUUAUCGCAGCGGAUAUAUUGCCAUUUCCAUCUGCCACCAUGGCAUCCCGACUCCUGCGCCCUACUCUCCGUCUCAACCCGUCACGCGCCACCAGCUCUUCUCCCCGCAUCCUCUCACGCCCCCUCCAGACAUCAAGCGCGCGAUUCCAAGAAGUGGUGCAGCCGACCGUCCAGGUGCGGAAACCGGUGGGCGCAUUUCGCGGAGGACUCUUCGGCUUUCUGUUCGGUUCGACAGUGGCCGGUGCUUCGGUGUAUUACUACAUAUUGGAGGAAUAUAAGAUCUCGAAUGAGAUGCUGACGGAGGAUAUCUAUUCGGCAUGGGGCUGGGCUAAUAUUUGGCGCAACUUGCAGGCACUUCAAGCAGCGACCCAACGAAUCUACUCCCACGUCUCCGAGAUCGAGAACAAGAUGGCACUGAUGGAGAGGAAAAAGUGA